UUUUUUUUUAGUGUUUUUACCUGUUCAUUCUUUGGGUUAAUCCUCUCACUAUUCAUAUAUGAAAACUAUGAAUGUAGAAAAAUCAUUUUAUUUUAAUGAAAACCUAAAAACAAUAAGAAAACGAUAAAUGUGUACUAGCCUUUUGUACUUUGAUUUUGCUUUUUCCCAUACGGCUCAAACGUCAACAACACGUGUCUAUAAAUCUAUCCUUUUUUGUACUCUUCCUUUUUCUCCGUACAUUCUUCCAUAAAUAGCCAUUGCUCUCCUCUUUCUACUCUUUAACCAUCAUUAUUUCUAAAACACCCAUUAUUUUUCUUACCCCCAAAUAAAAAAAAAAAAAACCUUCUUUUUAUUUUCUAUAUGUUCAAACUCUUAGUCUUGUGAAGAAUAUUUCGAGAGUGUGAGUAUUAUUAAAACAAAAAGAAAUGAUGUACGAAAGGCAUCAACAAGCCCGAUUAGAUGUGAGGAAGAAUCACUUAAUGAAUAGUUUUACUGUUAAUAGUGAUACUAUUAGUAAUACUAAUCAUGGUAAAAGUGUCAAGGAUUUCAGAAGAUCAAGAUCGUCAUUAGCGACUAAUAACAAUAACAAUAACAAUAAUAAUAAUAAUAAAACGAAUACAAGUAAGAAGAAUGAUGAUCAAAAUGAAAGGCUUGAGAUGGUUGAUUUAAGUGGAAGGUCUCUUGAUUCUCUCCCUAAUCCUUCUAUUAAUCUUGCUGCUAUCUGGAAACUUGAUCUUUCCAAUAAUAAUCUUGAGAAUAUCCCAGAGUCAAUGAUAGCAAGGUUGCUGAAUGUGGUAGUAUUGGAUGUGCACUCAAAUCAAUUGACUUCUCUUCCCAAUUCAAUUGGUUGUUUAUCAAAGCUCAAGAUCUUAAAUGUUUCUGGUAACCUUUUAAGUUGCAUUCCAAGAACCAUCGAAAAUUGCAGAUUACUAGAAGAACUAAAUGCCAACUUCAACAAACUUACUUCUUUACCAGACACCAUUGGCUUUGAGCUCUUAAAUCUCAAGAAACUCUCAGUAAACUCAAACAAAAUUGCCUUCCUACCAUUUUCGAUAUGCCAUGCAACGUCGUUACGUGUGCUAGACGUACGUCUCAAUUGCCUUCGUUCGCUACCAGAAGACCUAGAAAACCUUAUCAAUUUAGAAAUUCUCAAUGUAAGCCAGAACUUCCAAUACCUCGUCGAAUUGCCCUACUCUAUAGGCCUUCUAAUGUCACUUGUAGAGCUCGACGUGAGCUACAACAAGAUAUCGGAACUUCCAACUUCAUUAGGGUGUCUUCGGAAGCUUCAGAAGCUUCAUGUUGAAGGAAACCCUUUGGUUUCACCUCCCUUAGAAGUAAUGGAGCAAGGAUUACACGCGGUUAGGCAAUACAUGACCGAAAAAAUUAAUGGUUAUCAUCAAGAUUCUCCUAAGAAGAAGUCAUGGUUUAAGAACCUUAAGAAGUAUGGGAACUUUUAUGGUAAUGGAAAUGCAACUCCUGGUAGAAGGUCGUACGAAAUCGAGCGAGGGUUUGUGUUGCCAGAGUAUCGCCCCAUUGAUGCUCUUGCUUCACCAAGAUAUAACUUUGGUAUGUUCUCUCCAAAAAGGUUUUUCUCUUCGUCACCUCGCAAGAGUUUCACCAACUAUUUCUCUAAGUUUCGAUAAAAGGGAUAUAUACGUAGUAUGAUUCUAGUGGUUUCAUGAAUUUGGUCAUGUAUGAUCACAUGCCAAAUUAAAGGUCCACUACAUGACGACGUAUCAUAUCACUACCCUUUGUGGCUCCCGAUAAGAAGAAACGAAAAAGUAUUCCAAAGGUCGAAAUAAUGUAUAUACAUACAUUAUAGGGGUUUGGAUUUCUAAUAUGUGUAUACAAGAUUUUGUGGUUUGGUACAUGAUAAUGUAGUACAAGUUGGGGUGUUUGUGACCCAUAUUACCUUGUCCUGUAAAACUAUACUAUUGGCUAUUCUAUGGGAGCAAAGUACGGAGUACUUUUAUUUGUAUGCAUGUAUGUGUGUAGUGUGAUAGAAUGAAAUUGUCAGAUGUGUGCGUUUUUUUAUGUACUUUAUAGAUUUGAUAUCGAUCAUUCACUCUAAUACAUUUUCAGGGUUGUUAAUCCUUUUUUAAUUUCUUCGAUAAUGUAUUUUAACGU